AUUACCCGGAGGGGCACUUCUUGCUGGGCUUGGGGAGAGCGGCUGAGGUAGUACGCCAGCACGGCGGACCUGGCAGGUGUGCAGCGCGAGCAGCUAGCGGCCGAUGGUGCCGGGCACGAGCACCUGGCCGCCGAAGGCGCCGGGCGCGAGCGGCUGGCUGCGGAUGGUGCCCGGCGCGAGCACCUGGCGGCCGAUGGUGCCCGGCGCGAGCGCCCCGGGGUAGCGAGGGCGAGGAGGGUGCGUGGCCCGGCGCACGCCCCUCUUCGAGCGGGGCGUUUGUUGCGCCAGGCCCAGGCAGCUAUGGAACUGCUUCGGCUCCUGGCCCUGGCGAUGAUGGCGUUGCAACCAGGGGUGGCUGGUGGAGCCGAAACCGUCGGGAACUCCAGCGUGGGUGUUAUUGAAUUUUCUGUGGGGAAAUUUAGAUACUUCAAGCUCAACAGGCCCUUUCCAGAGGAAGCUAUUUUGCGUAAUAUUUCCAGCAAUGUGACUUUUCUUAUUUUCCAAAUACACUCACAGUAUCAGAAUACAACAAUUUCUUUUUCUAAGCAAACUCGCCUUCCCAAUUCCUCGGGAACAGGCACUGACAAAGGACUGGUUUUUAUUCUUAGACCCGAGCAGAGUAUGUGCUUUUGGUACUUAGAGACUUUAGAUGCUGAGCCUGUCCAAAAUGUGGCCAUUCCACUCUCCUACUCAGAAAGAGAUCCUGUCCCUGGAGGCUGUAAUUUGGAGUUUGAUUUAGAUAUUGAUCCCAACAUUUACCUGGAGUUUGAUUUCUUUGAAACAACUAUCAAAUUUGCCCCAGCAAACCUGGGCUAUGCAAGAGGCACAGAUCCCCCGCCAUGUGACAUCAGGACGGGGCAGGACUCUAGGUGGAGGCUGCAGUAUGAUGUCUAUCAGUAUUUUCUGCCUGAGGAUGACCUCACUGAAGAGGGGUUGCUGAAGCACCUGCAGAGGAUGGCCGAAGUGCCUCAGGUGACAGCCAAUGCUAUCAAGGUGGUUACCCUAACAGCUAACGAUAAGACAAGUGUUUCCUUCUCCUCCCUCCGGGGACAAGGUGUCAUUUAUAAUGUCAUUGUUUGGGACCCAUUUCUAAAUACAUCUGCUGCUUAUGUUCCUGUUCACACAUACGCUUGCAGCUUUGAGGCAAUGGAGGGUAAUUGUUCUUCGCUUGGAAGAGUAUCUACCAAAGUGUUUUUCACUCUUUUUGCCCUACUUGGUCUCUUCAUUUGUUUCUUCGGACACAGAUUCUGGAAAACAGAAUUAUUCUUCAUAGGUUUUAUCUUCAUGGGAUUCUUCUUUUACAUAUUGAUUUCAAGACUGACACUUAUUAACUACGAUGUUCGUCUGAUUCUGACAGCCAUCACUGGAAGUGUUGGUGGGCUUUUCUUGGUAGCUGCUUGGUGGCGAUUUGGAAUCCUCAUGCUCUGUAUGCUGUGCGUUGGACUAGUGCUGGGCUUCCUUGUCUCGUCAGUGACUUUCUUCACUCCACUGGGAAACCUAACAGUAUUUCGUAAUGAUGAUGUGUUCUGGGUGACCUUCUCUUGUAUAGCGAUUCUCAUCCCAGUAGUUUUCAUGGGCUGCCUAAGAAUGCUGAACAUAGUCACUUGUGGAUUCAUUGGCUCCUAUUCGGUGGUCUUGGCCAUUGACAGUUACUUGUACACAAGCCUUUCUUACAUCACUUUGAAUGUACUCAAGAGAGCACUCAACACUCAUUUCCGCAGAGCUUUCACAAAUGUGCCUUUUCAAACUAAUGACUUUAUUAUCCUGGCAGUAUGGGGGAUGCUGGCUGUCAGUGGAAUUACGUUACAAAUUCGGAGUGAAAGAGGGCGACCGUCUUUUCCUCCCCACCCAUACAAGUUAUGGAAACGAGAGAGGGAACGCAGAGUCACGAACAUUCUGGAUCCUAGCUACCACAUCCCUCCAUUGAGAGAGAGGCUCUACGGCCGAUUAACCCAGAUUAGAGAGCUCUUCCAGAAGGAGCAGCCAGCUGGAGAGCGAACACCCCUGCUUCUCUAAAUGCCAAAGGGCUCAGUCAGUGUUAUCUUGAAGUACAAGUCGGGCAGUGCCUCAGCUUUGGUGUUCAUGUCCAGCCUGCUUCACCAGUCUCCAGUGCAAGUCUAGCAAGAAAACAGGUUUCGGUAUCUGUGCUUCGUAUGAUAUUGUGGUGUCCUUAUUGAUAUGGGGUAAGGACAUGCCAAGGAGGUUGUGAUCAUUCUAAGUGAGAGUAAGAUGACCAAAAAGCUGGUGGUGGGAGGUUAUUUUCUGUUUUUGAAAUAUUUAACUAUUACCUUUUGGUUUAUAUGGUCAACUUGUUCCGUUAUAUAGAUACGCAAAAAAUAAAAAUAAAAAAAACCCUGAUUCUCCUGCAAAGCUCUGGUGUUUCUUUUUAUAGCUAUUUAAACAAUUCUCUCACCUGUCUGUCUAAACCGGGCGGGUAGGGGCACGGUGGGUGGUUGAAGUGUUAGACUGAAUCUUUAUUUGCCAUUGUUUGGAGGUUUAGGAAUUUCAUACUGGGCCUUUGCACCUCAGAGUACAAAAGAUGGAAAACUACCUGAUAUUCUUACUAAAAGCAGUCUGAUGACUUUGUUGCAUCGUUUGUAGUAGUAUACAUUAUCAAAAGGCACCCUUUCGCUUAUUUUCAAGUGUGAUAAAAUGCACAUGUACUGUAUUAAGCAUUUUAACUGUACAGUUCAGUAGAUACCCUUUGUUUUUGCCUUUUAUUGCUUAAAAGGGUAAUUUAAAUAGCUAAGUUACUUCAGUUAUUUGAAAAUAGGUCAAUUUUUAUAGAUAAUAGAACUUUUAUAUGUAUGAUUUAUUUAUAUUCUAAAUAAUGGCUUGGUUUUUUUCUUUCAAGGUCCUUUAGUUUUGACUGAUCUCUAAUUUAAACUGCAUUAGAUGACACAUGAAAAUUGUUUUUUUAGGAUACAAAUGGCUCCUACUUAAUCUAUAGUCCCAUUAAUAAGGUAACCUUUUAAAAAUUUGCAUUUUGUAGUUCUGCCUGCUACAUUAGUUAUUAGCUGUAAAGUACACUUUCAAAAGAUUUUUCUUCUAUAUGAAGCCUUGUACCAUCUGUGUUUUAAAGUGAGGGAGCCAGAAACUAUUCAGGUGGUUAAUGGAUCUGCUUUUUAAAUUAGGACCUUGGAAUCUCUACGGAGAAUCCCUUCAGUUUUGCUCGUUUUUCCACCACCAGGAAGUACCUGGAUACCCUGGGCUGCAUCCUGUGUGCCUCGUGGCCUUUUAACUGUCAGAGCCUCUGCCACCAGCUUGGCCUUGGACUUGGAGCUGGUGGGUGACUCUGACAGGCCUGAGUGACAGGGUGGUGGUAGUUGUUGUGUGCACAUUUGUGAAUUAACCACUACUGAAAUGAUGCUGCUUUUGAGUUUUUCAAAGUAUAAUAGAUUUUUGGAAUUUCAGGUAACUGGAAAACUUUCAACUUUUGCUUUUAAAAGUGUUUUGAAAAGGCUGAAACAAAAUGAAAAAUAUAAAACUAAUCAUUUUGCUUUGAAAAAUUAUACACAGGUGUUCAUUUACUAUUCUGUAAUCCUCACUGUUUAUAUAACUGCUGUAACACUUAAAGAAAAAAAUUUUUUUUACAAUUCACUGUCAGGAUUCUGGCUUCUGCCCUACAUACAUUGUAACAAUGUUAUAUGGAAUGUUUGUGAGUUAUUUUCUAUACCAUCAAAAUGCACUGCCAAUGAAGAAUGUAAAGAGAACACUUUUUUAGAGAAUACAAAUUGUUUAAAUAUUUUUAUGAUAAUUUGUGAGUAAUAAAAAGCCAGUUUGUAUUAAUUUUUUUAA